UAACAAAUUAAAAAAAAAACAAAAAACAAAAAAAACUUCCAUGUGGUCUCUUCUUCCUUCCUUUAAGAACGCGUUACAGACAUUGCUCAGACUUCGCGCCGCCCACCUCUCUCUUUCUCUCUCACACGUUUUUUUCUUUUAAUUUUCUUCAUCGCCGGAGACUUUUGACCUCUCAUUCUCUCUUUAAACCUCUCUUUUCUUCUAAAAACCACAUCACAAAGAUCUCAGCACCUCUCUUCAUUUCAUCUUGAUCAUGGCGUUACCAAAGAACAACAGUAACAGCACCAAGAAGAAAGUCUCCUACAUCUCAGUCCCUUCUCAGAUCAUAAACUCUCUAUCUUCUUCCUCUCUCCAAUCACUUCUUGUCUCCCCCAAGAAAUCCUCAAGAUGCACCAACAGAUUCAGCUACAGAAACCCAAGACUCUGGUUCUUGACUCUCUUCCUCGUCUCCCUCUUCGGUAUGCUGAAACUCGGAUUCAACGUUGACCCAAUCUCACUCCCUUUCUCACGUUACCCUUGCUCCACGGGUCAACAACAACUACUAAGCUUCGACGGAGAAGAAGGAAAAGAAGAAGAACACCACGCCGUUUCCCAUCUCGGUCUCAUCCCAAAAAACGACACGCAGUUUAACUCGACUUUGCCUACGGAAGGUGACUUCUGGAAGCAACCUGAUGGGUUAGGGUUUAAGCCGUGUCUUGGAUUCAGCAGACAGUAUCGUAAAGACAGCAACUCGAUUCUCAAGAACAGGUGGAAGUAUCUUCUCGUUGUUGUCUCUGGUGGGAUGAAUCAGCAGAGGAACCAGAUUGUUGAUGCUGUUAUCAUCGCUAGGAUCCUUGGUGCUUCUCUCGUUGUUCCUGUUUUGCAAGUCAACGUCAUUUGGGGAGACGAAAGUGAGUUUGCGGAUAUAUUCGAUUUGGAGCAUUUCAAGAACGUUUUAGCGGAUGAUGUUCAUAUUGUUUCGUCUUUACCAUCAACACAUGUCAUGACAAGACCUGUGGAAGAGAAAAGAACUCCACUUCACGCUUCUCCUCAAUGGAUUCGUGCUCAUUACCUCAAGCGAAUUAACAGAGAAAGAGUUUUACUUCUCCGUGGACUAGAUUCAAGGCUCUCCAACGACCUUCCUUCUGAUCUUCAGAAACUCAGAUGCAAAGUAGCAUUCCAAGCGCUGAGAUUCUCACCGAGGAUUCUUGAACUCGGUAACAAGCUAGCUUCAAGAAUGCUAAGCGAAGGACAGUAUCUCUCACUCCAUCUAAGAAUGGAGAAAGAUGUUUGGGUUAGAACCGGUUGUCUCCCCGGUUUAACACCCGAGUACGACGAGAUAGUCAACAGCGAGAGAGAACGUCACCCGGAGCUUCUCACCGGUCGUUCAAACAUGACUUACAACCAAAGAAAACUCGCUGGCCUUUGCCCUUUAACAGCUCUAGAAGUCACAAGGCUACUUAAAGCUUUAGAAGCACCGAAAGACGCGAGAAUCUACUGGGCAGGAGGAGAGCCUCUAGGUGGGAAAGAGGCUUUGGAGCCUUUAACUAAAGAGUUCCCUCAUCUCUACAACAAACAUGACCUUGCAUUACCUGGUGAGCUAGAACCAUUCGCCAAGAAAGCUUCGGUGAUGGCUGCGAUAGACUACAUUGUCUGCGAGAAGAGCGAUGUUUUUAUACCGUCACACGGUGGGAACAUGGGACAUGCGUUACAAGGACAAAGAGCUUACGCUGAAUCGAUGGCGACGAGGCUGAAAUCGAUGGCGACUUUACCAAAACUGAUACAAAGCAUGAGGAAAGAAGCUCCUAAGCAUUCGAAUCCAGUUUUGCCAUCUCUGAGACGAGCUUUCUCCCUCUAUGACCAGAUCAAUCUCAUUGACAAUGUCCCCGAAGACCAGCUCCGAUUCCAAGAGUUUAACGAGACGAGUUUCACGGUGAAUGGAGUGAAAUACGAAGGGAGCUUGCUCUGUGUUGGGAACUUGCUUAUGUCGUGGACCCCUCGUCAAUUCUCCGACAUCACUCCUGAUAGCUUGUCUAUCUUCCAGACAAUUCGACCCAUUCCAGAGCUCUUAAUUGUUGGUUGUGGGAGAAACAUUCACCCGGUAACUCCCGAGGUCCGUCAGUUUGUCAAGUCUAUUGGCAUGAAGCUAGAAACCGUUGAUUCUAGAAACGCUGCAUCAACUUACAACAUUCUGAAUGAAGAAGGAAGGGUCGUUGCUGCUGCGUUGCUUCCUUUUGGUGUUACAUCUUAAGGACUAGAAGAAAAGGCUACCAACUCGAGCUCGGUCUGUAUAACAUGUAGAUGAAUGUUGGGACUUUUAUCUCUUGUGAAAAUAAACCGAAAUCCAUCGGAUUUUUUUCUUGCUUCACGAGCUUAAUAACAGACGUUGUAACAAACAUGAACCUUGUUAUUGCAGUUCUCGCCUUUCAAUAUAUCAGAGUUUUCUUGCUUGAAGGCUCUCGUGGCA